AGGACACGAGAUCCACGCAUGCGCACUGCACCAAAACAAGGAAGCGUCACAAGUUCUCAAAGAAAACAGUACGGUGCCUGUGUUCCUGAUUUAUCCCGUCAUUAUUUCCAUUAAAUCUCACUCCCAGUGCCUUCUACUCUCCUCUGAGCAGCUGUACGGUAUCCUCCUGUUGCAGUGUCUUAGUCUGCAUUCCCUGUGAGCACAGGCCUGUGUGAGUGCAUGUGACAGCUACCUUAUAACAGCACGCUUUUGAGAGAGGGACAGAGAGAAGGGGAGACCACAAUCGUUUUUCACCCUUUGGCUCUGGUGACAGUAAACACACGUUGGACCUCAUCACACUCCCCUGAGCCGCCCGAGACAUGACAGAAGGGGGAGCCACUGAGGUCUGUGGCUGGAUGCAGUAACUAGACAAUGCUAAAGGCCACUCGUAGCACCAUGCUAACCGCUGGGCCAUCCAACAACAAGGUCAAGUACUCCCGGCUGGCAGCAGAUGAUGAUGGUUACAUAGACCUACAGUUCAAGCGGAGCCCACCCAAAGUCCCUUAUAAAGCCAUCGCUCUGGCCAUCUUCCUCUUCCUGAUUGGCUCUCUGCUGAUCCUCUUCGGGGCUCUUCUUCUUUCCGGCACCAUACAAGUCGAGCAUCCAGACAGAACCAUCCCCGUCAUCAUCAUCGGCUGCCUGGUCUUCCUCCCUGGCUUUUACCAUUUGAGAAUUGCCUACUACGCCUCCAAAGGUUACCGUGGUUACUCCUUUGACGACAUCCCGGAUUUUGGAGAUUAGCUGCCGCACCGCUAGUUCCAUUCGACUGCAUAAGGAUGGGCUCUACAGCUGGCCAUAUUCAAAAAUCACAGUUGCUGUUUUUUUUGUAAAUAGUGAAGGUUGAUGCAGCCUUAAAAUGUUACACUCCCACACAAAAUCCACGUCCUUGUACCACCAUGUAACGUUUUGUUUUUAGCAUUAUCUUAACUGCAACCAAUUUUUCUAGGUUAUAUUAAGGAGUAAAAUCAGACCAAAACGGUGUCCAAAGUUAAAUUUGUACUAUGUAACUUUUCUGGUUGUACUGUAAUAGCUUGUACGCCAGCAAGAUAAAUCAAAAUCAUAUCGAAAUUUCAAUGGAUGCAAUUAGCAAAUCGCAAAGACUGCAAUUUUUGAAGGACUAUAAUUUCCUUCACAGAUAAACACUCUUAAUUCUACAUAAAAACUGCUAACCCUGUAGUUUAGAUCUGUACAAACAUGUUCUGAAAUGUGAUUCUCGUAUUCGUUUGUCAACUUAAAGCAGAAUCCAAUUGCUUAUAGCUUUGUAUGGAAAGUUCCACAGUAUGGCAUUAAACUUAUCUGUCUUGCCUUUAUCUGUCUUGCAAAAAGGAGACAAGCAAGUAGCAUACCCUGCGCCAGAAAAGUUACAGAGUGCCCCUUUUAAAGCCUUACGUUGAUCUUUAGUACGCUGCGAUGAUCUUUCUACACAUACCUUAAAUUUACGAUUUACCUUCCGCACAAGUUUAUACCAUCUACUUUGUGGAAUUUUACCAUGUUAAGCUCUGCUACCUCCUGCUCUGCUUGCUGUCCUGAGAAUUUAAAUGUACUCACAACAGAGCUCAGUUACAAAUAUGCAUACAUCUAUAAGCAAUAAUUAUAUAUUUUGCUACUUUUUGACUAGAAACUAAAAGAUUACUGUCUAUAAGAUUACACUGCUGUCUGAAAUGACCUUUUACUUAUAUUUGUAGCAAUAACCUGAGUAUGAGAUGUUAGCUGUCCUAUUGAAGGCCCCGUACCUGAUUUUUCCACAAAAUUUGCACUGUGUACUGUCAUCUAUAGCAUCUAUAAUUAGAAAGCGUUUUAUGGUCCGAUAAUCUGUCAGUGUGCGUUACCAUGCUAGUUUUUAGCUUUACUGUUAAGGCAAAACACAGAGAGUUGUGAAAGAAGCUUAUAAACUGAAACUGAAUAAUUAGGAUGUUAGGAUGACCACUGCUAACUGUUUAAACUAGGUCUGUUUUUCGCAUUAAGACAGUAAAAAUCAGGUACAGCGCCUUUAAAUUGUUGUUUUGCCCUCUCUAAAAGGUCAAAUUCAUACUAUUGUUGCACACUGAAAAUACUGCUGUUUUGUUACCAAUCUCACUAUUAUAGAAGUCUGUUGCUAUAACAAACAUAUUAUUCUUGGUUUUCCUUGUGUCAGCCCAGCAGAAAAUGUACAUCAACCUCCAAUCCACAUAAUACACCUUUCAUUCUGCUAAUUAUUUAUUGUGGUUCAGGUUUUAAUUGCUACUUAAGCAGCAAUCAGCUUUGAGAAUGUUUUCAUUGUUGUAGACUUUGUUCACUCAUGACAUUGUAAAGAGCUUGUGGUUGUAAAAUGAGCUGUAAGGCAGGAAAGUAACAACAAUCUGCCUUUUACAAUGAAAACGUUGGUUAAUGGUUAAUAUCUCUGUUACUUGAAUUAUCCACAAGUUGGUUAAUCAACAUGAUUGGGUCCACAAAGCUGCCAUAUUGAUCUAAUCGCUUAAAGGAACUGUAUGUAACUGUAUCUAUGUAUCUAGGGACACAGAUAUGAGCUAGGCAUGUUCAAAUCAGAUAUAGCUUUCCCUGAUAACAAUUGAAAUGCUGAUUUAUUCUUAAUUACAAAAAAAAAAAAGAAAAAAAAAAUAGAUGUAAUGUCCCACUGAUUUUGUGACAAUUUGGUGUUUUCAUUCUCAAGACAAUUAUCCAAUCAGAAAGCAUUUGGGUUGCCAGUUUCGAUGCUGAAAUCCAGUUGGUUUAAACCUAAAAUGACUAUAUACAGUUUAAAACACUGGCCACUCUGGUUCAGUUGUGACUGUAAUACCAUGUUUGACCUGAAGUCUGACCUGUCGUCCAGCUCAUUUCUAAACUAUAGAAGCUCUUCAAUGUUGUGAUAUCACGUGAAUACUAUCUAUUCAUGAGAUGACUUUUUGUUAGAACUUUUAACCUUUCAAAAGAUCCAAUAUUUUAGUUUUGAGUUGUUAAUCGUUAUGGCAGCAGCCCUAGUUAUUCAUCAUUCUUAACUCCAUGGAUGUCACUGAUGGGAAUGGUUGUCUUUUAACAUUGUUGUAACUUAAUUCUAAAUCGCAAAAACAAUUCCCUCGAUUCUCUAUUGCUAUCAUUUGAUGCUAGGGGGCGCUGUCCAUCUUCAAAUACCUAUCCUACUCUGCAAUGCUGCUGUAAUGCUUUUCAGUGAAUGUAGCCAACAAAAUAAGCCGGUCACUGUUUUGGUAUGGGGACUUGUUGUGUAGUAUCGCUCUCUCUCAGUACUGCAGACACUUAAUGAAUGGGAAAUGUCAGUACACUAUCCCACCGCCGUGUAUACCUCUUCAAAUUACUCACUACUCAAAUGCUAACAGCUCUCUGCGUUUGGGAGAGAGCGCACACAAGCUCUUUCUUUACUACAGCCAGAUACACAACGAUAAACACAACUCUACGCCAAAACUACUUUAUAUCAGGCUAUUAUUCUCCCAUGUUUUUCCUAUCUGAUUUUGUAAGCAGCUCUAGCGGUGUUAGAAAGUAUAUUUUUGAAUGAAAUAGAAGCUUAUCUUAUACAAAAAGCACAUGUGAUGUAGCUGUAUAUUUUUAAAAAGAUGGUUUCUUGUGUUUGUUUAUGCUUUUAGGAAUAAAAUGAAGGUCUUAC